AUGGCAGCGAACCCUGAUGCUCCUGCUACCAACAAGGCCUUUGUGCCUCUAGAAAACAACCCCGAAGUGAUGUCCCACCUCGUGCACCAACUCGGGCUCUCGCCCUCCCUCGGCUUCACAGACGUGUACUCGAUCGACGAACCGGACCUGCUCGCCUUUGUGCCUCGCCCCGCACACGCCCUCCUCCUCGUGUUCCCCGUGUCGCCCUCGUACGAAUCGUCGCGGAUCACCGAAGACACCCCGCUAACAGAGUACACGGGGAGCGGGCCCGCGGAGCCCGUCAUGUGGUUCAAGCAGACAAUCCGGAAUGCAUGCGGGCUGAUUGGGUUGCUGCACGCCGUGGCGAACGGGGAGCCUCGCAAACAGGUUAUUGCGGGUUCGGAUCUCGAGACACUGCUGCGCGACGCGGAGCCCUUGGAACCCCUUGCCCGCGCGGAUUUGCUGUACGAGAGUAAAGCCCUGGAGAGCGCGCACGCCGACGCGGCCAGGCGCGGGGACACCACCGCCCCGGACGCCGGGGAUAACGUCGACCUGCACUUUGUGGCGUUUGUGUGUGCUGCCGAUGGUAACCUGUGGGAGCUGGAUGGUCGGCGCAAGGGACCUUUGGCCCGCGGGGCGCUGCUGCCGGGCGAAGAUGCCUUGAGCGACCGGGCGCUGGACAUGGGCGUGCGGCGGUUCCUCAAGAAUGAGGCGCAGGCAGGGAAUCCGGACUUGAGAUUCAGUCUGAUCAGUCUGGGGCCGUUGUUUGAUUAG